AUGGCCAACCUCAGCAAAAUCAACGCUCUUAUGUGCGGCACAGGGGAGUAUACUACCGGCUGGGUUGGCACCGGAGCUUCGAAAUCUGACAAAAAGAUUGGUGUUGUGGGCUUGACUCUCUUCGAUUUGCGUCGUCUCGGCAAGGUUGACCAGCUCAGCAUGGUGGGGGUAAACGGAGGCAAAUUCCCUGCGAUCCGCCAGCACCUUGCAGAAAACAUUGGCGGGGUCUACAAAGACAUGGACCUUUCUUUUGAGGAAUAUCCGGAAGGCGGAAAAGUUGAUCCUGAAGCCUAUAAAUUGGCGAUUGAGAAGUUGGCACCAGGUUCUGCGGUCAUCAUCUUCACACCCGAUCCGACCCAUUACCCCAUUGCUCUCUAUGCAAUCGAGCGGGGAAUGCAUGUCCUGAUUACUAAACCCGCCACUCAACUUCUGUCCCAUCAUGUUGAGCUCAUUGAAGCAGCGAAGAAACACAACGUCGUUUGCUUUGUUGAGCACCACAAACGAUUCGACCCUGCAUACAGCGACGCCAAGGCACGUGCCCAAGCGCUGGGGGAAUUCAACUUUUUCAGUGCUUGGAUGUCGCAACCGAAACUGCAGUUGGAGGUAUUUAAGAGCUGGGCCGGAAAGGACUCGGACAUCAGUUAUUAUCUCUCUUCCCACCAUAUCGACAUCUGUUGCUGGAUUCUCCAGGACCGCGCGGUUCCUACACGAGUAGUUGCUAGUGCGGCGACGGGAAUUGCAACAGGCGAGCCGUACAACUGUGUUCCUCAAACAGAAGACACGAUAACGUUGAUGGUCGAUUGGGAGUCUACAACUAGUGACCGUCAUCGGGGAACGGCUGUCUACACUGCCAGCUGGACUGCGCCACUGAAGGCUGGGGUUCAUUCAGCCCAGCAUUGGUACUAUAUGGGCGAGAAGGGUGACAUCACGGUCGACCAAGCUCAUCGUGGCUACGACGUUACCGUCGAUGAGACCGGGAAGAUGUGGUACAACCCAUUCUAUAUGAAGUACUCCCCGUCCGAAACUGGGCACUUUGACGGCCAGCGAGGAUAUGGCUACAUUUCUAUCGAGAAAUUUAUCGACGCUGCUCGGUCUGUUAAUGCGGGAAGUGCGACACCUGCCGAUUUCGAUGCACAUGGUCUGCCUACGAUAGCUAACACCGUUCUUACGACGGCUAUUCUCAACGCUGGGCGUAUUAGCUUGGACGAGAAGCGGGCGGUGUUCAUCAAGCGGGCUCUCUCAGAGAACGGGGCAGAACAGUGGGUAUUGGAGUAA